UAGCUCCGCCCACAUCCUAUAGGCUAUAGCCAUGACUGCCAAUGACUAUUUCCAAAGCAUUCCUCUUGAGCAACAGGUCCAGCCAAAGGAGCUUCGCUUCCACUUGUACAUGUUCCAGCACUGGCGCGAAGGCCCUCAACAGAACCAAGGAGUCAUAACGGACAUUAAGCGCCCCAGGUAUUUUGGUCAUGGCGCCGUUAAUGACUGGAUCAUACGGGAUAGUCCUAACCUCCAAGCAAAUAUUGUUGCACGCGGUCAAGGCCUGCAUCUCGGGGCCGGUAGGGACGAAGAAAACUGGUUUACCUGUUUCAACAUAGUUUUUACCAACGCGAGGUUGAUGGGAUCCAGCCUUCAGGUCCUCGGAAAUUUCGCAGGAAAAUCUGGUCAAUUGGCGAUCGUUGGUGGGACUGGAGAGCUUGCCUUUGCACAUGGUGUUGCCACUGCAACAGUAAUCCAAGAGGGUGAUGGGGAUUCUAUCAGAGAGCUUCAAAUCCGUGCUAUGUGCCUCGCCUUCUUGAAACCAGUCAGAUACUAUAUCCUAUAUGCCUUCUUUUUCUUGCUGGGUUUUAAUUAUGAAAAGAAGAAAAUUAGGAAGUACAUUAGGAGACACCAACUGUUUAUUCGAUGGCCAGCGAUGGGAGCCGGCAGGCCGGCCGAAAUUUCGGCUGGUUGCACCGCGCUUGUCCGAUCUAACCUUGUUUAGCCAUCUGUUGUGUCCAUCUAUUCCCUAAAUCUCUUGCCAGAAAAAUAAAACACUCAGGGCAGAAUAGAAGACGGGACGCCUGUGCUGUCUUUGGCCGCCAAACUUGCCGGCCACCUGGGUCGUCCAUGCUCGCUGGCCUCCCUAUGUCAUCGCGCCGUCACCGCUCGCUGCCGCUCGUCGUCGCCACUCGCCGUCACUGCUCACCAGUUGCAACACCGGCGGCCACUGGUCCGCCCCUCCCUAUGCAGCAAUGGCGGUGGUGUUGGUUCCAGCAUCCGCCGUAGCACCAUUGGUGCAUAGAAAACGUCGUGCGCAUCAACGGCUCGCCGCUGCAGUUUUUUUCUCGCCGGUCUCUAGUAGAAGCUUUUUAAAUAGAUGGUUGAAGCUUUUGUGUCAACGAUUGCAGUUUUUUGUGUUUCGUUGUCUCCGGUUGAAGCUUUUUCCUACCCAGUUGAAGUUUUUUCAUCAACGGUUGCAGCUUCCGAGGUUGCAUGGUGGCCGGCCCUCGAUUCCUGUCGUCUCUGGUUGAAGCUUUCGACAAUGCCGGUUGUAACAUUAUCGAUCGCCGGUUGCACCCUUUAGUGUUGCGCAGCGGCCGACCGAACUUUCUUGUCGCCGGUCGUAGCUUUCUUGUCACCGGAUGCAACAUUGUUGUCUUUAGUCGUAGCUUUUCUGUUAGCCAGUUGCAACAUCGUUGUCUCCGGUCGUAGCAAUUCUUGUUGUCGGUUGCAACAUUGGUGUCUCUGGUCGUAGCUUUUCUCAUCGUCGGUCAUACCUUUUCUUGUCGCCGGUUGCAACAUUGUCAUCUCUGGUCAUAGCUUUUCUCGUCUCCAACACCGGUGGCAUCAGAUGCGGUGGAGCGGAGGAAGAGAUUUGUUGAGGAGUUGCGCGUGGGAGGCGGCGGCCUGCUCGCCGAAGGAGAAACAUGUGAGGAAACGGGAA